AAUAAUUUAAGUUACGUACGUUCAACUUUUUGUUUCUUUUUAAAUUCUAUAACAACAGAUCCAGUUACGAUGUCACCACAAUAAAAGCUUCCUGUAGAGUCACUGUUUAACAAUAUAAUACAACUCUCCCAAGACAUUUUAUAUUAUUUACAAAUGUGUUAUUUAACCUACAUUGAAAAUAAUUUUAAGUACCACCAAAGUAUAUGGACUACCAAAAAUCUAAAAUUAUCAACUGUGAGUUAUUGAUUACAUACAAGAGAUAAUGACAAUACCCACGAUAAGUUUCAUGAUAAGGAAUUAUUUCACUGAUUACUUUUCGAAGUCUAAUAAUUGUACAUGAGAACUUCCAAAUAUCCAUAAAAUAAUUGGGAUUGUCUGUCUUUGAUCAUAGUUAAUCUGCAGAGAAAGUAGGUAUCUACUUCAUGUUAGGCACUUAUAAAUAAUUUCAUGACUUACCUAUUCAAUUCUUGUAAUAUUUUUUACAUGAAUUUUUAAUCAAUAUUAUAUUCUAAUGAAAGAAUCGGAUCUUUUACAUCCGAUUGCGAUCAUAGCAGAAUUUGUAUUGUUUUCUAUUUUCUUUAACAAGUAUGACAACCCAUGCAGACAAAGAUUACCUUAAUAUUUUAGUCGAAUUUGAAUUUCAGACUAACUUAACUCAUGGUAACGCAGUAGCUUUGCGAUUUAUAAACACAUGGUACCACAGUGAUUGACAUGCCAAGCAAUGUUUUUUUUUGUCUGUUUUAUACGUACAAUUCUAGCGCUCCUCUUAAAAAUUCAAUACCAUACCACCGUCAUCGUUAAUAUUUAAAUUUUCAAAAUGCUCUGACACAGCUGUUGUGUUAUAAGUCUGUGUUUAGCCGGUAUCCUAUGCAAACUCAACUUUGUCGUUCUCGUUCGAUUUUCGAUUUUGCAGUUAUCGCAAUUUUUGUGGUUGUUUCCAUCAAUAAUUUCGGAUUGUUUUUGUUUCAAGAUGAUUUGAGUUACAUUUCACAUACUUUAAUAAUUUUAAAGAUUCAGCCAGUAAUUUGUUUGGGACAAUAUUUGUUGUGUAAUUUCUGUAUGUCGAUGAUGAUCAUACGCAAAAAGUGCUAGGUUAUGUCUCCUGUCUUUUGGUGAAAAAUAAAAAAAAUGGAUCCCAAUAUUUAUGCCCUGGUUUUGGACACGUUAAACCGGGCUACCAGCCAGGACCCUGAGGUUCUGAAGCCAGCUGAAAAGAAGCUGCAGGAAUGGGAAAUAGAGCCAGGCUUCUACUCUGUUCUCUUGAAUGUUCUCUCCAAUCACCAAAUUGACAUCAAAGUGAGAUGGCUAGCAGUAAUGUGUUUCAAGAACGGUGUAGACCGUUACUGGAGGAAGAACGCACCAAAUGCCAUCACUGACGAUGAGAAACAGAAGCUGAGACAGGGCUUGCUCACAUCCAACAUACUCAGUGAGCCAGUCGCUCAAAUUGCUACACAGCAAGCGGUGCUUAUUUCCAAAAUUGCAAGGUUUGACUGUCCGGCCAGUUGGUCCAACUUGGUCCCGGAACUAGUUGGAGCACUGAAGGCGCCGCAGCCGCUCGUGCAACACCGAUCACUGCUGAUCUUCCACCAUGUUGUCAAGGCUCUUGCUUCCAAACGGCUCACAGGUGACAGGAGGACUUUCCAGGAAUUAACAAACACAGUAUACGGUUUCGUCCUAAAUCUCUGGCACGAGAACACGGAGAUAUUUCUCAGACACAUACAGGAAGGUGCUGCCACUGAGCUGAUCACUGAACAUCUGGAGAAGGCCCUGCUAUGCCUGAGGAUACUCAGGAAACUCACCGUAUUUGGUUUCAAGAAAGCACAUGAGAGUCAGGACGCCAUUGCCUUUCUCAAUGUAGUGUUUGACAGAGCUAAGACUAGUUUGGAAUGUAGAAAACUCCUCAAAGGCCGGGGCAUCUAUCCUCUAGAACUUUGCGAGAAGUUCAUAAUCCACCUAACCAAAGUAGCCCUGGGCGUCCUAUGCUUCCAUCCGUUCUCCUACGUGCCUCUUAUUCGACCGUCUUUAGAAUUCGCCCUCUACUACUGUUUCACUGAACAGGGCAUGCAGCUAAUAUAUGAAAGGUUCACCAUACAAUGCUUGAAUAUUGUCAAAGGCAUACUGCAAUGUAUGGAGUAUAAAUUGCCGAAAGGACCUGAUCAAGUUAAGGAGCCAUUAACGAUCCAAGCCCACCAGGUGAAGAUGGACGUCCUAGAUCAGAACACAGUGUGCCACAUGUGCAGACACCUGGUGACGCACUACUUCCUGCUGUCUUCUGACGACCUGGCGCUCUGGGACGCGGAACCCGAGAGCUUCGCCACCGACGAGGCCGGAGAGUCUUGGAAGUAUAGCUUGAGGCCGUGCACGGAGGCGGUAUUCAUGGAACUCUUCCAAUUCCGCAACAUCCUCGCACCGGAGCUGGUGAGGUUAUUGGCUUCGGUGCAGCAACAGAAGAUAGACCCGGAGGAUCUACCAGCUAUACUGCGGAAGGACGCCAUCUACAACGCUGUUGGACUCGCCGCUUUUGACCUUUAUGAUGACGUGGAUUUCGACGAAUGGUUUACAAAUGUGUUAAGCCAGGAGCUAAAAAUCAAAGAUAACAAUUACAGAAUUAUAAGGAGGCGAGUUUGCCAAUUGGUUGGCCAAUGGUGCGGCGUCCGCGCAUCGCAGUCCCUCCGGCCGGCGAUGUAUGAGGCUCUGCUCGAGCCGCUGGCGUGCGCGAGCGAGGACGCGGCCGUGAAGCUAGCGGCUGCAGAGGCGCUGCGCAGUACCAUAGACGACUUCAACUUCGAUGUCGAGCAGUUCGCGCCGUACGCGCCGCAUGCGCUCGCCGCUCUUUAUGAUCUCCUGGUGGAAUCAGAAGAGUGUGACACGAAGAUGCACGUGCUCCACGUGAUCUCGUACGUCAUGGAGCGCUGCGGAGGCAGCGUGGCUCGCUCGGGCGGGCCGGGCGCGCUGUUCGCCUACCUACCCCAGUUGUGGCAUCACGCCGCGACACACAACAUGCUGCGAGCGGCCGUUCUUUCCGCUGUUGUGCAUCUUGUCAAGGCCUUAGGCGAAUGCGCGCCGAACGUCCGCCCCUGGAUUCUGGGCGUGGUCAACGAAGCCACCAAGCUAUCAGAACCUGCCCACGUGUACCUUCUAGAAGACGCGCUGGAACUCUGGCUGGCCAUUCUAGAAACUUCUCACACCUGUGAUCCCGCCAUGCUGCAGUUGGCUGAUAAUUUGUAUCCUAUUUUAGAACAAUCAUCCGAGCACCUCCGAAUAGUAGUGUACAUAAUGCAAGCAUACACCUUACUAUGCCCAGAAGAGUUCCUAUCAGGUCCUGGGGGUAAAUGCAUGACCUUGUUAGAGGACAUGUUGAGUGACAUGAGGACUGAAGGCAUCAUCACAGUGCUGAAGAUGGCGGAGAUCUGCGUCAGCGUCAGUUUCCCCGAGAGGAACGCUUUUCUGGGAGUGAAGGUCAUCUGGCCGAUAUUGAUCAGGGUUAUACACUGCCUACUGGACGGUGAUGACCUCCCAAUGGUCUUGUCUGUACAACUCUGCCUACUCUCUCGCGUGAUCUUGCUAUCAUCGGACCUGUUCUACAAAGCCGUACAAGAGGCGGCCAAUGGCAUUGCGGAGUAUGACUCGGACCCGGCGAAGGUUUUAAAUAGGGUGCUCCACGUGUGGACUGAAAAGAUGAAUCUGGUUACCCAGGUUGAGAGGUGGAAGGUUGUUGGGCUAGGUCUAGCUGGGCUACUAACGACUCAGAACCCGGUAGUGUUGCAGCGUUUCGCCGCCAUACUGCUCAAUUUGACAGAAGUACUCAAUGACGUCAUGAAGACGGAGGAAAACGGCACAUUCAUCGACGGGCUGGUGGCGGGCCCGGGCUCGCGGCCCGCGUCCCCGCUGGAGGGCCGCGGCGGCGCCGCGCGCUGGGAGGAGGCGGGCGCAAGGGACUCGCCGCACGACGCGCGCCGCAAGCGCCUGGCCGCCGCGCACCCCGCGCACGCGCUCGACCUCAGGCUCGUCACGCACCACCAGCUGGAAACCUUGAAGAGCCAAGUGGGCGCGGAGACGUUCCAGCGGCUGGUGCAGACCACGGAUCCGGAGACGUUGCAGCAAAUAAGGGAGUACAUGCCUAUCUAAAUUGCUGGUUGAAACAUAAUGUUAUUAGGUUGAUAUUUUAGGAAGACAUUUGUGUAUUCAAAGUUUUAACGCCCAAAGGUUUUUUGAAAUACAAUUUAUCUAAAAAAAGCAAUAUUGUAAUUUUAAAUGUGCGCAUAUAAAAGAGCGCAGUGUCAAAAAUGACAAACUGCAAUAUUGUUUUAAAGAAUUGCUCCAAACCCCCAGACUGGUUGCGAGUUGGUCAUCAUAUGACAACCAGGAGGAUUAAAAGUAAGUGCGCAAUGCAAACAAAUGUCAAAUAGCAAUAUUGCUUCUUUUAGGUGAAUUGCUUCGAUGAGGCCUUUUUAACCCUCCUGGUAUAUAUGGGUAUAUGUACGGUCACAAGCACUAAUAUGUAUACAUUUUAAAACCAUGUCAUAUUAACUUGUUUGACAAAUGAAACCGUGAGUCUCAUUAAAUGUCAAAUAUGAUAGUGCGACAGGGUUCUAAAGUGGGUACAUAUGAUAUUGCUCAUGACUGUACCUUUACGUGCGAUGCAAAUUCAUUCAAAGUAGUGUUAGGCGUCUGGCGGCUCAAGAAUAACCCUGAUAGCGUGGCUGGUGAAGUCGGCCAUCGACCCCACAUGGAUACAGCCAUGUACCCCGAAGGGGUAGGCGUAUGUGUAUAGUACACUCACUCCUCGCGAGCUAUGUUUAAGUCUUAUGUAAUAGGGGGCAACGUCUACGGACGUUCCGAUUCCAAAUUGUCGUACUACUUUUUAUGAACCAUCACUGAACCAUGGUAUCUGCCCGUGAAAGCGUUAACCUGGCACAAAUCUUGGAAACCACAUGAUACGAAGUAUUUAUCACAUUAGCACAUGAUAGUAGAAGUUAAAGAUAAAGCUUAUAAGUGAACAGUCUUCCUAAAAUUGACAACUAGUAACCAAUAAAAAUUGACAUGAAGUUAACAUUGUUUUCGCAAAGUUUCUUUACAAAAAUGUUGCGUGUAUAAUAUUAAGACGCUAACUGUAUUUUAUUCCCAAUGGAAAUGAAUUUUCCAAAUAUCGUGUAUUUUUUUGUUCUUUUAAUAAGUUGAUAUAGGUUUGCCGUUAAAAGAAAACUUGUUGUCUGUACAUUUUGUAUUUUGAGGUAUUUUUUUGCUGUUAAUUUAUAAAAUUGUGUGUCACGAAAUUAUAAAAAAAAAACGAAAAAGUUUCAAUGUAAUGCACUUAUGCAACUACGAUAAAAAUACUUUGCUAAAAAUAAAUUAAAAAAUGUGUAUAAAAAAGUAAAAUAAUUUUUAAAAUCGAUAAUAUUCUACGUCAGUAACAUAAAAUAAAUUGAAAUUUAAAACAUUUUACUUAUUGUUUGAUAUUUUAUUUCCUAUGGUUUUUAAGAAAAUCUACUCAUUUAAGAAAAUCAUAUAAAAUAUGUGUAUAUGUGAUAUAUUGGUGUCGAUUCCAGUACACAACCGUCUAAUUUUAUUUCAAGGUAUACCUGUCAUUUUCUUCAUCAUCAUCAAUUUAAGAGCCACGCUCUUGUCGGUGUAGCAUUUUCCAAAUACUCUCCAUGCUACUUUGCGGGUUGCAUUUUCUUAUCGGCCGAAAAGGACAAGGACGGGUAAUCGAUACGCAUAAAAUUUAUAGAUUAGAACACGCGGCAAUUACAUUUUUAUCGCAAAAUUUAUUUACAAAAAUUUUGCAUGUAUAAUAAUAUUAAGAUGCUAAAUGUAUUUUAUUCGCCAUGGAAAUUAAUUUAAUUUUAGGCAGAAAUUUAAGCAACCUUUUCCUAAUUUUACAUUGGCUAAUAACCCGACAGAAUUAAAAAAAUAAUCUUUAUUUCAGACCCUAAGGCCCAUAUAGAGUUAGUACAAAAGACUUAGAAAAACUAUGUUAGUAACACACAAUUUAAAAAGUAAAGAAAUUUUACUUUAAUUCAUAUUGACUCCAUCACAGUACAAGCUGAGCCAUUUCCUUUUGCCCGUAUUCGUAGUAUUCAUAAUUACCUAGUUCUUAUAGCAAAUGUAAAUUGUUACUGGCAAUAAAUUUAUUUUAUUCUUAUUCUUUUAUACCGCUUGUUCCCUCCGGGGGCACCAGGCACCAGCACAUGCGCUUGUACCCAGUGCCUCAGGAUGGAGCAAUCGCCCACGUCAGAGCAUUAAUAUGUAUACACUUUGGUACCAUGUCACAUUAACUUUUUUGACAAAUUGAACUGUAAGUCUCACCGAAUGUCAAAUAUGUUAGCGCGACAGAGUCCUAAAGUGGGUACAUUAUAUUGCUCAUGACUGUACACAGUAGCAAGAACGGGCUUAAGGUGAUUCGUUUUCCAUACAAAAGUUGAUGCAGUGCUACAGGAAAACGGAUAGAGGAAUAUUGUUAUAAAACCGAUAAAUAGUAAUAUUUUGGUGUAUUAUUUUCGCAAACUAACAAAAAUUUAGGGUCCGAAUACGAGAAGUACCAUAUUUCAGACCCUCAAUUUUGAUCAAUUCUACAUUUGUAGUGGUGCAGAUUACAGUGUAUUUGCUGAGCGUGUAGUGGUGUCAAUGUUAGUUUGUGUGCGUGAUAGUUUUUUUUUUCUCUAAAGGCUUUGACUACUUGACAAGUGUAAUAGAAUGUCAGUGACAAUUUAUAAAGAGAUUUUGUAUGAAUAAAUAAAAAACUAAAAAUACUACAAUCUUAGAAAAGGAAUAUUGCAAAAAUAUUUUUGUUUUAACGCAUAUUAUUUAAACAUUUUUAAAUAAUGGGUAAGUACCGUGUUUUAAAAGAGGACAUAUAUUAUAAUAAAAAAACAAUACAUAAAAUGAAAUGGCUGUAUGGGCAUAGUUCCCUUUGCCUUACCCUUCGGGGAAAACCUUGGGGAAAACCAAAUCAAAAAAAAAGUUGUUGCAUUUGCCGGCCUAAAUAGUAGUCAUUUAUAAUUAAUUGUUUUUCCAUCCAACAUACAGAUUUAUUUAUAUUCUCUUUGCCGCGGACUUUUUGGUGGGACCGGGAACGGGAAGGUUGCUUUCUUCAUUGAAUAAUCUAAAUAAUCAAUACGAAGUGGUGUUUUGUGGUUAAUGAUCACAUUAAGUUAGUCGGAAAACAUUCCCGAUAGUAUUAUUAAAUCGGAAUAUUCAAUAAACAAAGUGUACCUAUCUAUUUUCGCUUUGCGCCAACAAGCCGCUUACUUCGUUUGGGGUUCGGAGUAGGAGUCUGCUCCGAGGGUGGGGGCUUAGGUUUCAUCAUUUCAUUAAUCAUCAUCAAGAAAAAAAAAACACAAGACAUGGCUGUAUGGGCAUAGUUCCCUUUGCCUUGCCCUUUGGGAAAAAAAAUAAGAUAAAUUUUGAAAUUCUUAUGUAUAAUAAACAAACAUCACAGACAUCAUGACAGAUCUAAAACUAACGAAAAUCUUUUUUCUAUUUGACUUAUUUAUGAAUUUUAAUCAAGAAAACGUGAUAAUAAGUUCGACAGCAACCAGUUUAGGUCUGCGAAACAACCCAUUUCAGGCCGCGUAUAUAUGGAAAUAAUUUCAAUACGUCCCAGCCUCGUCUUUUUUAACGUCCUCGUUAAAAAAAGACGUCCUAACCUGAACUAACUAAUCUAACAAUAAACACCAAGCGUAAAUAUAAGUCCAGAAAUGCGCUGCAAGUCGUCUGGACUGGGCGCGAAAACAACAUAGAAUUCGAUUAGCUGCUAAGUGUCCCGCAUGCUAUCACCAGCUGUCACUGACAUACGUAUGAAGUCCCGCGGAUUUUAUUGGAACUAAAUGACAAGUCAUAAUAAUUAUAUGCGGAUACUGCGAUAUCAGCGCCGUGCUUGCGGGACGUCCUGAAGCGCUAUUACAUCUUUCAAACGCGAUGCGACAAAGUUUGAACCGACGCAAUUUAGGAAAAAUCUACCUUAUUAUUACUGUACUGUGAUCGUUAUUAAUUGUAAAAUCAUACAAUACAUAUACACAAUUCUUUAUACACAAUAUAAUUAUUAUGACAUAUUGUGGACUUUUCGGUAGACCUACAAAAAAGGAACAAUUCAACCAUACAUUGUUUUGUUAUAUCUCAAUGGGCUCAGGCAGCGUUUUCGCCGAAAGCUCCAAGUCGGCUAUAUUUGUAACGAUAAUUAUGUUUGACAUUCAUCAUCAUUUUUGAACCAUUUUAUACAAAAAAAAAAUACUUGUAUAAAUUACCUAUAUACCCUAAAGCACGCCCAUGAAUUACUCUACUCAUUGGUGAAAACCGUAUGAAAAUCCGUUCAGUAGGUAGUUUUUUAGUUAGCCGCGUGUUCACUGAUGCGAUUAAUGCCUGUUAGAAUUUUACAAAAUAAAAAAUACGGAAAUUACGGAAGGUACUUUAGUGCAAAGUACAUUAUUGUAUAAUUAUAAUAUUAUUGGUAAAAGUGAAACUUUUUGAAAAUUCCGUAACAAAUAGACGGGUUCGCCAAAUUCAAUUGCAAAAAAAAUACAAAAAGUAAAAACAAUUAAAAUAUGCACUUGGGUUUGAACCGUGAAACUUAAGAACGGCGGCGACUGCAUUACCAAAUGCGCCAUUUAGAAGUUAGAAGUAGACUUCAAAUUAUGCAUCUCUUUUAAUAGCUAACCUAGUUCGCAUGUGUGUGUGACAGCUUCGUGUUUGUACACAAAUUGAAAUGACACCAACUUUUGAUGCAAUGUUUUAAUAUGAUAUCUGCAGUAAAUACUUCAAAAUUGUAGCUUAACUUAAAGAUAAUGUAUGUAAGAUUUCGCCACCUAACAUUUUACUGGGUCAGAACUCAACACUAAACGAAUAAAUGGAAAAAAAUACGAAAACUGCAGAAGUAACGCCAUCUGCUGACGCAGCGUUACCUAGCUGACUGAAAUGCAUCACCUUAAAGGCCCACGGGUUGCAUAUUAGCGAGAUGCCUAUUUUAUUCGCACGGGUUGUUCAUUCAUUCAUUUUAAAUUUAACAGUUGUCAAUCAUCCGUCUCUUUUCCUUUCGGCGGAUAAGAAAAUGACGGGGAUAACUUGAAAUAAAAUUAGUAGGUGUCUGCAGGAAUUGGGGCAUUAUCUAAUAUUUCCUAUAAUGUAGCUUUAAAAUAAGAUACAAGGACGGUCACGAGCAUUAAUAUGUAUACACUUUGGUACCAUGUCACGUUAACUUUUUUGACAAAUUGAACUGUAAGUCUCACUAAAUGUCAUAUAUGAUAGUGCGACAGAGUCCUAAAGUGGGUACAUUAUAUUGCUCAUGACUGGACAUGGCAUGUGUUGGGUCGCUCUAAAUAAAUAUUCAACAUAAUCAAUAAAACAUCGCAGAAAGUCUAACAGAGCUCGGGUACUUAGUUCAUUACGAUGGAAGUACCUCUUGACUACCCCAAUUGGGAUAUAGUCGUGAGCUUAUGUUUUGUUUGUUCAAUUCAUUGCAUUAGUAUUUUAUUAAUUCAUUUUUUUUAUCAAAACAAUGAAUUUGUUUUCGAACUCAUUUGAAUCAUAAAUUAUAAACACGUGCUCAGCUAUGAAGGAAAACAUCGAAGUCCACAUACCCGAGAAAUGCGUUUCACAGGUAUGUGACCUAACCUUUGUUGGGCUGGUUUUCCUUUUGCGGGUUGGAAGGUCCGGUAGGAAGUCGCUUCUGUAAAAAAACCGGACCUGUCAAAUUUUCAAGUUAGGUAAGCGGACCCUGUGGAUACGGGAUAACGCUAGGGAGGUGAUGAGUUUUUGAAACAAAAUUGAGUUGAAAAAAAAAUCAUUUCUGAAUUUGUCGACUUUUAUAAAUAAUACACACCUAUUAAUACUAUAAUAUUAGAGAAUAGGCUGUACUGUACCACGAUUAAUAAGAAUAAGUUCCUUCUGUAAACGUAUUUUAAAUUUGUGUGCAAUAAAGUGUUUAAUUUUAUUAAUAAUAGAACAGAUUAAAAUUUAGAGCGAUACAGUGCGCCGCAUUGUCCAGUAAGUAUUCGAAUUCUGAAUAUAUUUUUUGCCAGUGAGUUUUACUCUCUCAACAGAUAAAUAAAGAUUUUCACCGUGUUAUUUAUUUAUUGUAAAAGGAUGUAUAACUUCGAAACUGAGGUUACAAAAAUAUACGGCUUCGUCAAAAAACGUUAGAGCGAAAUAAAAUUUAUUUCAAGGACAUUACAGUCCGUAUUCUUAAAAUAUGACAUACAUAAUAAAUAAUAAUUGUAUAUAAUAUAUUUACGAAAAUAAAAUAGUACCUAUAUUGUUAUUCACAAACUAAGCGUGCUUUACUAACAUAGAGAAAAUUUAAAUCGAAAAAUAAAAGAAGAGCUGCGGUUUCAAGUCAGAUUUUUUCGAUUUUAAUUUUCUCUUUGUGUGUUUCCCUAAGCACGGGUAGUGCUUUAAAAACAAAAAUCUUUACUAACAUUUCAACAAUAUGAUAGGAAAGAUAUUUGGAUUAAAAAACUACGAUUCUGAAUCUCUUAGUUAUAGGUACCACUCAAGUCUGAUAGAUGCGAAGCUUAUCUGCAUAGAUUUAUUAUGACUUGUCAUUUAGUUCCAUUAAAAUCCGCAGCACUUCAGUCGUGGCGAGUACUCUAGGCAGAAUUCGAAUACAAAAAGUCAAAACAAAACAUAGUCUUCUUCUGCUCUCGGGUUGAUGAGGUUGGUAAUUCACCUCACAACCCACACGAUAGAAGAAGAAGAACACAUACUGAACACUAGUGUUACUGAACUAUCGAUAGUUUUACAACCGAUAGUUUUUAUCUAAAAAGAGCAUCACAUCGAUACUAUCGACAGCUCGAACCCUGACGAUAGUGUCGACAUAGCGCAGUAUUGUCCAUGGUAUCGAUACUAUCGAAAUUACAGAAACAAAACUUAUAGAAUAGAAUAACUUUCUUCCCAGAACAUUGAAGGGUACAAAAGUACUAACACUGCCCGUGGAAAUGGGACUGAUUCAGCAUAUUGUUGCUAAGAGUAUAGUAUAAGUACGCACUCUCAGCAACACUAAUAUUCUGCCAGUACCCAACAUUAUAUAGCACAGAUUGUAACUAUUGUGAGUACCAGGAGUGCUUUAAAAUUGAUAUUUUUUCUGCUAUGAUCCAACUAUGCCAAUAGUUAAGGUGUUUGGACCAGUAAACAUUUUUUUGUUUUCAUUAGCAAAAAAAAAAACUAUCAAUAAUUUGCCCCCCAGCAUAUUGGAAAUUAUUUUUUUAUGUAUGGCAACUCGGGCGUCUCAUUUUUCCUUUUAUUUCCAGGCCAUAAACUUUAUAAAAAAAAUAUCCCUUCUCUCUGCGACACUGAUAUGUACGUGUGCUCUUUUGCAAAUAAAUUGAUUUGAAGUGGAUUCGCCGUAUUUUAUUGUAAAGAUUUAAUAUAAACCUUUUUGUAAGUUUUCUAUUGCAUCAACUACCAUGAUGACGUAAUCGAUAGAUUUGAUUCUUUGAGCUUCGAUAGUAUCUCUCUUCUGUAUCUUCGAUAGUAGCUAUCAAUACAAUCGACAUCUUUACUAUCGACUAUCGAUCGGCAACACUACUGCACACGAAUAUACUAGGUUUUAUGUAAAUCCUUCCUCAUGUGUUAAUAAAUAAUAAUUAUGGAUAAAAAUGUCUAGUUGCCAUUCUUGUACUAUUAAAGUCUAAAUUAAUAAUAUUACUGACUUUAUCUUAACUUUUAAAAUGGCCUUAGAAAUAUAUCAAUGGAAUGGAUUGGUAAGAAUACUGAUUUAGUGAUAUUAAAUUUUGGAUAUUAUUUCUAAAUUGUUUGUUUGUACCAAAAAUAUUGAAGCCACAUAAUAUGAUAAAUUACACUGCAUGAAUGAUUUCUUUAAGAAUAAAAUACAAGAAUAUGGAUGGAAUUAUGUUGUGUGAGAAAAAUACAAUAUAGUAACGAUGAAAUUUCCUUUAGAUAAGCACAUUUGUUGAUUGAUGAUUUUCGUUGUACAAUUCAAAUUACAUUCAACAUUUUGCAUAAGACUCGUUAAGAAACUAGAUUUUAUUUGAAAUAUUGUAAAUUACGGACUACAUAUAUGUAGUUGUGUAUGUAUUCGUAUAUAAAUAUAAAUUUUAUUUAUUUUUUUAACGCUCGAAUAUAUUAAGCUUUGAAAGGAUGUACAGUUAGCUAUUGUGUCGAUAUUGUAUAGCGAUUUCAUUGAUACAGAGCUAAAGUAACAAUUUGAUAAAUAAGUUAUGUUAUGUAAUUAAAUAUCAUGUAAUUUAUGGACGAUAGUAUCGUAUAUACUUAUUAUAUCAGUUUUAUAGGAUUCACAUGUAUACACGGACACAUAAAAAGGGUCACACCAUAGAGUGUUUCUUACAGAGACGCCGCGGGAGACGACGUAUGCACAAAACGAUCAUAUUAUAUCAUAUCAGGCAACGAACGUAUUAUAAAACUUUACACAUCAUUCGUUGCUUCUUUGCUAUCGCGGAACCAAAACUAGCGCUUGUGUUACUACGCAAUGAACGGCGGGUAAAUUUAUGUAGCGGUCCAGCCACAAAUGUUUCAGUGCGGCCGGUUCUCAUGCUAGACGUUAACAGGCGACAUGCGGUCUCGUGUAAUUUAUUACUGAUAUAUCUAUCUCCCUCGUUUCUAUGAUUUUCCCGACGACCCGAUUACUCUAGCUAUAGAGGAGGCCAAAUCAACUCGCGACAAUAAACACUUCAGGACCCCGAUAACGACCCCGCCACAGUUAAUUCUUUCAAAUAUGAUCUCCAAAGACGACGUCCAGACCCGAGGUGCAUGCCCAACUGGCCACCCUCAUGCCUGUUGUUUUAAAUUUUGUACCGGGUGAGAGCAUUCAGCGCUGCUCAUUAAUACGGCCAAGUAGUUAAUGCCAUCUGCGGCAAAUCUACAACAAUAAGUCACGUCAAAAAUGUCUCUAUGAUAUGUGUGUGGUGAUGUGUCUAUGGUUACUAUCACAUAUUUAAAAAAUCUGAUUGCUAUUUGUAUUUAAUGACCUUUUGCCAAAAUCUGAAUGUCCAUAGGGUGGCCUCCGUUGAUAAUCAAAAAAAUGUUAGCAAUAUAACAAAUGUGAUUGUAUACGAUAAAGCAAUAUUGUUACGGCAAUUUUAGCAUAAUGUAUAUGAAAAUGCAAUUUUGGAUAAAGAGGGACAUAUUUUGCAAUUUUUUUAUAUUUCUGUGGCAUUAUUUGUUGCAGUUUGUCAUUGGCUGUCCCAGACAUUCUUACUGCCGUGUGGCUAAAUAUUAUCAGUGUUGCCAAUUAAGGAAAACUUGCCUUAAAAAUACGAAAAUUUAUUUAGUAAGUAUUUUUUCUCAGUCCAUAUUUUACAUGAGAUCGACGUAUGGAUCUAUAAAAAUAUUCAGAAAAUGUUUCGAUCACUCUUAGGGAUAGUCCUCGAAAUCACAAUAGUGAUUUGCAAUUGAUGAAGCAAACAUAACUGUUAGAUCUUAUCGAAAAUUAUAGAGGAAAUAAAUAAAUUGUUUUACAAUUCGAAA